AUGCACAACAUCCUCGUUCCUUCCUCCUUCGCCGUCCUCCUUGGCGGCGCCGCCUUCAACGCUGCUGGAUACAACAGCGGUCCCGGUGUCUACGAGUGGAAGGCUGGAGGAAGCGGAGACAAGGCCUUCUGCAAGGCCAACAUGAGCGGGUCCCCCAACGACGAGAUCUUCUGGGAGUACCCUGUCUGCAGGAGGUACAGCACAAACUUCAGCGAGUGGGACGACCUGGACUCAAGCAUCUUCAACUUCAAGUCAAUCACUACGCCUGUCGACCCCAGCUACGUCGACGACUGGCUCUACAAUGUCGGAAACGGCAUCUACUAG